AUGCCUUCUUCACGAUCGACCCUCCGACCAAUCGUGGCCCUUGCUGCCACUGCGGCCUCUGUUGCUGCUGGACCGUGCGAUAUCUAUGCCAGUGGCAACACCCCUUGCGUGGCCGCGCAUAGCACAACUCGAUCCCUUUAUAACGCAUACAGCGGCCCUCUGUAUCAAGUGAAGCGUACCUCGGACGGUUCCACUACAGACAUCCAAGCACUCUCCGCUGGAGGGGUGGCCAACGCUGCUGCUCAGGACUCGUUUUGCGGUAACACGACCUGUUUGAUCUCCAUCAUCUACGACCAGUCUGGCCGCAAGAAUCAUCUCACUCAGGCGCCUCCCGGAGGCGCAGCCAGCGGACCGCAGCCGGGGGGCUACGAUGAUCUUGCUGGAGCGACCGGAGCACCAGUGACCUUGAACGGGCAGAAGGCUUACGGUGUCUUCGUUUCUCCAGGCACUGGCUAUCGAAAUGAUGGCACAAACGGCAUUGCUACAGGAGAUCAGCCGGAAGGCAUGUACGCAGUACUUGAUGGCACGCACUACAACGGCGCAUGUUGCUUCGACUACGGCAAUGCCGAGACGAAUAACCUGGACACCGGCAACGGGCACAUGGAGUCCAUCUAUUACGGAACCUGCACAAUCUGGGGCACUGGCGCUGGCAAUGGUCCUUGGCUGAUGGCUGACCUGGAGAACGGCCUCUUCUCUGGCUCAAACCCAGGCCAGAAUACUGCCGAUCCAAACCUUACCAACCGAUUCCAGACUGCCAUCGUGAAAGGAGAGCCGCAUCAGUGGGCGCUCCGUGGCGCCAAUUCAGCUUCUGGGUCGCUCUCGACGUACUACUCAGGUGCUCGACCGAGUGCCUCCGGGUAUGAUCCCAUGAGCAAGGAGGGAGCUAUUAUCCUGGGAAUCGGUGGCGAUAACAGCAAUAGCGCUCAAGGCACCUUCUAUGAAGGCGUGAUGACAUCUGGCUAUCCAUCAGAUGCUACGGAGAACUCGGUGCAGGCAAAUAUCGUUGCCGCCAAGUACGCCGUCUCUUCCUUGACCAGCGGUCCAGCGGUCACCGUUGGCUCCUCCAUCUCAUUCCGUGCUACUACUCCAGGAUACGAUACCAGAUACCUCUCACACAACGGCUCUGCGGUCAACACCCAGGUUGUGUCUUCCUCCAGCAGCACUGCGUUGAAGAAGGCCGCCAGCUGGACCGUCCGCACUGGCCUCGGUAACAGCGGAUGCGUCUCCUUCGAAUCAAACGACACCCCAGGCAGCUACAUCCGUCACAACAACUUUGUCCUCUACGUUCAGGCCGGCGAUGGCUCGAAGCAGUUCAAUGAGGAUGCCACCUUCUGCCCACAAGCUGGUCUGACCCAAGGCAACUCGAUUCGGUCGUGGAACUAUCCGACCCGCUUCUUCCGGCACUUUGCCAACAAUGGAUACAUUGCCAGCGAUGGCGGUCCUCAUGACUUUGACAAUGCGAAUUCGUUCAACAAUGAUGUGAGCUGGGUCAUUGGCAAGAGCUUUGCAUGA